CAUCCACCGCGCCAUAACAUAUUUCUCACGUUGAAAAUGAAGAUUACAAUAAUUAUCAAGAAUGAGUGCAAUCUGAAGGCUAUCGCACUGCAUCCAGUUCAAUCAUAAAAAAAUAAUUCAUACUUAUGAUUGACUGAUGAUAAAAUUUGAUAAGCUACUUUCAACAGGACGUAACAUAACUGUGGAGGAGAAUUUCCUGUGAUAUCGAACCCCUCAAGACCACCAGUCACCUAAUUCAAUCAUGACGACCGAAGAUAAAGACAAGGUGUUAAAGCUCAAAGAACAGGGCAACGACUGUGUGAAGCAUGAAAAAUACGCCGAGGCAAUGUUUCAUUACACCCACGCAAUAAAAUUAGACCCCAAGAACUACUCGCUGUACAGCAAUCGAUCCUACGUUUUUUUAAAAAUGCAGCAAUUUCAUUUUUCCAUGGAAGACGCAUUGAUGACGAUCAAUCUAAAUCCAGCCUGGACAAAGGGAUACUACCGCAAGGCGGAAGUGGAAUUCCACACGUUUCGGUUCAGCGAAGCUCUCACCUCCUACGGUCAAGCUUUAAAUCUCCAGCCUAACGAUCCUGACAUUCUAGAAGCUAUCAAUAAAGCGACGAGAUCGCUAAUAAAGGACCAGAGAGCGGAUCAGCAGAUACCCUGGCUUGGAGCCGGUGUUGGAAUAAUUUUCGGUGUAAUUGUCGUAAUUGCUGAUUAUGUUUUCACUAAUAAGCCGACACUAACGCAUCCAGUAUUGAUGGCCCUUUUGACAAUUUCCAUAGCAAUGCUGGGUUUUGCAAUAGCCAAAGGCUUUCGUUACUUUGUGAAAUGUCAGAGGAAAUCCUUGUUGGAACCACCAUUUGAUCUUCUUGGAGAGGGAAAUCCAGAAAGUCAAAGUGAGAAUGAAACCGACAAGAAUUACGACAAACAUCCUAAAUACAGUAAAGCACAGGCACGUCAGAGAUUUAAAAAGGGUAAAACGUAACCCAGUGUGUUCACACGUUUUCCCUGUAAUCCUUGGCAUUUUCAUUGACAUUCCCCUCGACUUCCGGAAGUCAAGGGGAAUUACAUUCAGUGAGACAUAAACAAAAUGAUUGCAUCAGUACAUUUUCGAGGGUGAAAGAGUCAGCUUCUAGUGCAGCUAAUGCAAUUAAAAAUAAUUUCAAUUUAAUAAAUUCCAGAUAAAGAUUUAAUAAAUCAUCAACUCCACCCUCCCUUACUUUUCAUGCACUAACUACUUGUAACAUUCCUCUCUCAAUUAUCCACCUUUCUACUCUCACCCAUGAAUAAAUACUUGAAAAAAUAAAUAUCUAGUCAUAAAAUUUUAUAAUCUGGAGGCUGAAGACCUCCAUGAGACGCUCAUGUACCAUUCGAAUAAAAAGCGAUUCAAAUAAA